CACUCCCCUUGACCUUUUCUGACGACAACACCUACCAGGCGAUGGCGAAACUAAACCACGAAAGCUCACGAUGAAGUCCUUUGACUCGCUGCCGCAGGAGAUCAUUGCUCUCGUUCUCCAGAACUGCGACUCCUUCCACCAAAUACGAUCUCUCAUCUUAACAUCGAAACCGAUCCGGUCAGCCUGGCUCUCAAACCAACGCCCGAUUCUCUGGCGCAUUGGACAAGGUGAAAUAACUGGUUUCAGCGAUGGUCUUAUAGCAGUACGUGCAACACAGAUUGCCACAGGUGCACUUCUAAAGGGAGAGUUCCCACCAGAUCCAUUCCCCGUGUCUGGGCUGAGCGGGGACGCCAACAAGCCUUCGCUCGAGGAACUGAAACAGGUUCAGACCUUGCACCAGGUUGUAGCCUACCUCGAAAAGAGUAUUCUAUCUUCUGACCCUGAUAACUUCGUCUCUAUGCCCGACGAUUUCGAUUGCAAGCGCGAUGAAUGCGCACGUCUUAAGUGGAAAGUCUGGCGAGAGGAGUUCCAUCGCGCGAUAUACCGGAAUCUGGCUGCGGGCGCCAUACUUUGUCGUGCAUAUCAUGCUCCUAUUGUCUCGGAUGAUAGACCCAGCGAUUUUCUUGCGUCGUUUCUCGAGAUUAUGGAAAGUGAUGACGAUCCAUACGAUGUAUUAGAGGGCUGGUUUUCUGCAGCCGAGCAGAGCUAUCUGUCCAAGGUUCCCUUGUAUAGCAUACGGGAUUAUCACCGGUCAGAUGCGGUCUUUAAGCCUCUCGAGGAUCUGUUCAUAGAGGAGAGCAGAAAACGCGAGCCAUUUGAUCCCUACGGCAUGGUGGCAUCUGACAGAUCGAGAAAAGACCAAUCUCUUUUCAAGACCUUUGGAGAAUAUGUGGAUAUUCGGAAUCCCGAGUCCCUCGACCCCGACCAUGCAGAAAACCUCUUCUAUCAGAUUCUUCACUUUAUUGCCGUGGUUGACGAGGAGCCACUGCAGUUUCUGUUGGAUCCGAGCAACACUGAGGUACAGUCUGAGGAAAUCCCAGACGACAGUCCCUCCACCUUUGCAAUGUUCUUUGGAUCAUUCGUCCCAAUAAAGAUUACAGUCCAGGAUAAGACCAACAUCUUCGGGACUCUAGCCCUUCCAGGUCUUGAAGCAAGGACCGUCAAAGAGAGUAACUACUUUGGCUUCCAAUACAUGGACUCGUUUCUUACCAAAAUAUGGGAGGUGGGUGGUAUCCCAAACUGCUAUGAAGGAGAUAAGCGACCCCCGCUGCCCCAGUUUCACUUUGCUGAGUACAUGCUUCGAAAGUAUUUCUGCCUUCGAUUUGCAGAUGCAACCUAUGCGUCUUCGUGGGAUAUAUUCACCCAUUAUGGGGCACUGUUUACGAAUCUUGGAUCGCAUCUCUGGUAUGACGAGCGGGGUUUAUUUCAAUCCUCGGAUGACCCUAUUCCUGCAUUCUACUAUCAGGAUGUUUUCGAAUAGCUAUAAACAUUUUCAUGCCUGCUAAAUGCCAUUGGCACAUAACUGUCAUUGAUAUACACCUUCCAGUAAAUGAACUAGCAUCAGCAGUCC